AUGCAAAAUAAGGCGUCCCGGAAGCUCGUCAGCCCGGAAUAUCUCGACCCAUACCUGUACAUGAAAGCACAAAAAGGACACUUUGAUGUGUCACGCGACGUUAAAGAGUCCCCGCUUGAAUUCGAAAGAGAUCUGAUAUAUGUGGGCACUACACAGAAAGCAGGCAUCAUUGUAGGCAAAAUGUCCCUUGACCACUGGCCUCCGCAGUUACCCCGGGGCGAAGCUGGUACCUUGGAUUUCAUCGGCAUCUCCUAUAUCGAAGGUAAUCAAUUCUCCUACCAUAGACGUCCCAAAGUUGAGGCGCUCUGUGUAGUACCAGUCAACGGUAAACCAGGCGUGUUCGAGAGGCUGGGUGUAGCUACAAUCUUGAAGGACGCGUGGGAUCAGGCUGCUCAGUUCGACGAGAUCAUACUAGGAUAG